AUGUCGACAUUAUAUACCCCGACAGCUGAUGAGGUUAAGCAGAGGUUACGUCCUUUUGGUUUGUUCUUUGAAAAGUCGCUUAAGGACUUGAUCAAGGGUAUUAGAUCACAUACUGAUACACCGGAACAGUUGCAUGAAUUUUUGAUUAAUGUUUUAAGUGAGUGCAGAGAAGAAGUCAAGAGUUCGGACUUUAAUUCGAAGACCAAUGCGAUAUUGAAAUUGACCUAUUUAGAGAUGUAUGGCUUUGAUAUGGCUUGGGCAAACUUUCAUGUACUGGAAGUUAUGAGCAGCAAUAAAAUCCAACAGAAAAGGGUAGGUUAUUUGGCAGCUUCACAAAGCUUCCAUAAGGAUAGCGAUAUUCUAAUGUUGGCGACCAAUUUGUUGAAAAAGGACCUAAAGUAUAGUGCAAAGAAUGAUACUGUUAGGAUGGGGAUUGCUUUAAGUGGGUUAUCUACUAUUGUUACCCCAGAAUUGGCCCGAGACAUAUGUGAUGAUUUACUACUAAUGUUGAACAGCGCUAAACCAUAUAUUAGGAAGAAGGCUGUAACAGCGUUAUUUAAAGUGUUUUUACAGUAUCCCGAAGCCUUGAGGGACAAUUUUGAUAAAUUUGUGGGUAGACUCGAGGAUGAUGAUCUUUCUGUGGUAUCUGCUACUGUAAGUAUUAUAUGUGAGCUUUCGAAGCAUAAUCCACACCCCUUUAUUCAAUUAUCACCCUUACUCUACCAAAUGCUGAUCAAGGUUGAUAACAAUUGGGUUAUCAUUAGGCUUUUGAAGUUAUUUACAAAUCUAUCACAGGUGGAAACUAAACUAAGAAUAAAAUUACUGCCUAAUGUAUUGGAAUUGAUGGAUAGCACAUCUGCGAUAUCUGUGGUCUAUGAAUCAAUAAAUUGCAUAAUUAGGGGAAAUAUGCUUGAGCCAGAUGAUUACGACACUGCUGUAGCAUGUUUGGACAAACUGCAUGACUUCUGUAGUUCAACGGAUCCAAAUUUGCGUUAUAUUAGCUGUGUGUUAUUCUAUAAAAUAGGGAAGAUUAAUCCGGAUUUUAUUUCCAAUUUUGAUAAUUUAAUUCUGCGGCUUUUGAAGGAUGUUGAUGUAUCUAUUAGGAGCAAGGCCCUCGAGCUAUUAGAAGGAGUUAUCAACGAAGAUAAUAGUAUCGAUGCUGUUAAAAGUUUACUAAAGCAAUUGGUUGAUGUGGAUACAAUUAAUAUUGAUAAUCAGGAAUUUAGCAUCGAUAUACCUGACUCCUAUAAAUGUAAGAUGGUGCAUACAAUUUGCAAAAUAACUUCUAUGAACAAUUAUGUCAAUAUUGGAGAUUUUGAGUGGUACCUCGCCUUAUUGUCAGACCUCUGCGUUGUUUCGCAAGAUUUACCUGAUAAAAGUUUAGGCAAUAAGGUAGGAGAGCAGGUGCGGAAUGUCAUGAUUAAGGUACCUGAAUUAAGGGACAAAACUAUCGUCAUGAUUGCAAAGUUAAUAACAACUGACACAAUCAACAAACAACUACCAGGUGUUUUGAAGGAAUGCAUAUGGUGUUUAGGUGAAUAUUCUUAUUUGCUUGAAAACAAGGAGGAGAUUAUAAGCUUUUUUGUAAAGAAUGCCAAAAGCUAUGAACCGGAGGUACAACAAAUAAUGAUUCCUGCAAUGCUGAAAAUAUACAGCAACUGGUGUAAUGGAGCUGUGAGUAUACCAAUUGCGACAGUUAAACAGGUCACAUCUGAAAUGGUUGUGCUCAUGGAAUCUUUUGUGACAUCUAAGAAUUUUGAAGUGCAAGAAAGGGCCUCAGAAACCCUGGAAUUUUUAAGAUUAUGCUUGGAAUCAUUAUCUGAAGAUGAUAGUGAAGAACUGCCUCUUCUAAUAACCGAGGUGUUAGCAAGCUUUUUCAAUGGUUUUGAGUUACAGCCUAUAAUUGCCGGGACUCAAAGAAAGCUUCAGUAUAGCGCUAAAAUUGAUUUGGAUACUCCAUUUUUAACUGAAAAGGAACUUGAAGAAAUGAUAACUAAGGAAGAAUCAUUUGACGGAAUUCAAUCCCCAUAUGACUCUGAAAGUGAAGACAAGCAUACUCCAGAUACAUUUUUAGACGAAGCUCCGUACUUAAUUCUGUCACCAGAAGAACAGGAGGCAUUACAAGAACGCAGAAGGCAGGAGAGAUUGAAUAACCCAUUCUAUUUGAACGAUGAUAAUAACUCCACUAAGAAGACUUAUAGUCUAAUCAGUGGCGAAGAGGUAACUCCAGAGCCCGCGAAAACUAUGGCUACUUUGACUGCGGAUAGUGAACAUCAACUAAAGCCUAAGAAGAAGAAGAAGACUAAGGUCAGGGUCAUCUCCGACGCUGUGAUCGUUGAUGGAAUCAGUGAUCGUGCUGUAGAUGAUGAUAAUUCAGAAAGGCAAAGCAUAUCCUCUUCUAUUCGUAAUAGAAUAGCCUUACAAACAAAGAAUAAUUUAGACUCUUUUGAUUUCAGUAAGCGUGAGUAUGAAAAACGAGAUGAAUACUAUGAACCAGUUGACUUGCAAAAACUGAGAGAAAAGUUUUCCCAGCAACAGUUGGUCGAUGAAUACAAUGGAUCUACUGCCGAGGAAGUAGUGAUUAUCAAAAAGAAGAAGAAGCAUUCAAAAGACAAAGAAGCAUCAAGUGGCAAGAAGAAGAAGAAGAAGAAGCCAAAGUCACAGCAGAAAUCUAAAUCAGCCGGCGAAAGUACUGGAGAAGAAGUUUCUCCUCCUAUUGUAGGUUUUCAGUAG